AUGGAUGUUGCUGGUCUUGCAAUUGGUAUCGUUGGCCUCUACACGGCAUGCCGGGACUGUUACGAUUUAUUCACCACCGUGAAUGCAGCCCAGGCAGAAUCUUCGGCUCACCUGCGCGAGCUGGAAAUUCAGCAAUCGAUUCUCGAAGCCUGGGGUUUUCAUUGGCAGAUUCAAAAUGAAGACGACAACGACCCAGGACUGUCCGCUCGUGCCAGGCGAAAGAGGUCUAAGCUCCAUCAAUACCUCUUGAGCAACCGCUUCAAGGCUGAAGGGGUUUUCAAAACCCUUUCUGCACUUGCAGAUACCCUGUGCAACCGGGAAAAGCUCAUCAAGAGGUAUGGUUUCCAGCUUCAACCAACCCAGACCAUCCAGAAUGAAUCACAAUCGACGUAUGAUGUCCAAUUGCUCAUCCCGGAUGCUAAAAUCGAAGAUGUCGAGCCGGUCCUCCAUGAAGUCAGAAACCGCCUCUCUGUGCUUAACAAGCUUAAAUGGGCUUUGAAAGACAAGGAAAAGUUCAAGAAACUCAUUGCCGACUUGAGAUCUCAUAGCGAAUCUCUCUAUCGCCUUUGUCCCGAAAAUGCGUUCGAGUCUAUGAACAUAUAUCUCACUAUAGAAUGCCUGGCUAGACAGGAGUCGCCAGAUGGUCUGAAGUGGACUUCAACACUCGCAACCGAACAUGCAAAGGUCGAUGAAGGGUCUCUAGUGCGACAGGGCUACGAAUUGCUGGCUUCGACGGCCACGCUGAAAGCAUCAGUGAAUAAAAAUAGAGAAAGGAAGGACUUGAAUGACAGGAGUCUUCCCAGCAUUGACGAGAUAAAACCUGAGAUGAGGUACUUGGGAAAGGGCCUUGCACUAUUCGAAGAGCAAGUCGUUUACGUAGAAAUGCGAGAUUACCGCGGACCGCCGCUAGAUUUCACUCAAGAGCAAAAACAACGAUUGAAGCAACGUCGAAAGCGGGAGCGCUUCAUGUCAUCAUUGUCAUCUUACAGAAAGCCUGACUUGAGUCAGAUCGACCAAUACAGCAGCAGUGAUGAGGACGAGCCCAUCGAGAGAGUCAGACCAGCAGAUCCUAAGCUUCACGCCCUCAUCAUGAACUUCUUCGACACCUUUCAGGGCGCCAACAUGAUGAAGAAUGUAUAUGGCUUGGAUAUCGUUGGUAUGAUAGACCACACCGAAGGCGACGACAAAGGCCAUUGCAGCAUUUUAUACAGGCUCCCCGGCACGAUUGGCAUGCAAAGCCGUGAGCGGCCUGCGGAGAAUCUCAAGCUACGGGCACCUGUGACGUUGCAGUCGCUCCUCGGAACCAGGCAGAAAAAGGGGAUCCGAUCUAUGCUCGGUGCACGUUUCGAGCUAGCGAGAAAGCUCGUGCGUGCUGUUUGCCUCCUCCACUCUAGUGGCUGGCUGCAUAAAAACAUACGCGCAGAGUCAGUCAUGUUCUUCCCCGAGCGUGUUAAUACCCUCCAAGAGGAUCGAUACGAGGUCAAAAUCGAAAUCGAUGUGUCAAAACCUACCCUGAUGGGCUACAUCUUCUCACAGCCGGACGAUAUGAUCAUCCAAACAAAUCCACCAUCUGAGCCUGCGCCAGAAGCGGAUAGGCCUGACUAUCCGAUAUCAGUAAAGAGUAUAUCAAUGGGCACCGCAACCUGGGAUAGUUCUUACGACUCAGAGUUGAGACGUCGAAAACGAACUCCUCGAAGUGCCAGCAUAUACGGUCGCAAUAAACUGGGGAAGAUAGCCUCAACCGACGAGGCAAAAGAGACAAACAUCAGUGGCUUUACACUUGACUACUAUCAGCAUCCUGCGAAGCACGCAGAUCCCAAGCGUCUAUAUCGUCACGCAUAUGAUGUGUACUCUCUUGGGAUUCUUCUCAUUGAAGUCGGCCUAUGGAAGAACUUGGAGAAUGAUGAUGACACAGACUCAGACUCGGACUCGGACUCAGGGUAUAAUAAAAGUCCCUAUCGUGAUGAAGAGGACCAUUAUGAGCGAAGGCGAAAGAUAUGUCGAAAGUAUCUCGACCGCUUAAGAUGGGAAUGUGGAGACACUUAUGCGGACGUUGUGCUUAGUUGUCUUAUGAUUGAUAGCAGUGAUGAUGAAGUAGCAAAGGCGAGCGAGCGGGAGCUCUGUGGGAGAAUUGUGGCUGACUUGGAGAACUGUCAAGCUUAG